AUGCUCCGGAGAGUUGUGCGACGCCUGGCGCCAUCGCAGCGCCACCAGCACCACGAGGCGUUAGUGAAGAUGUGGCGUGAGCGCCCACCGCCGCCGGGGCCCGCAGCGGAGAAAAAUCAUCAACACUUCCGCGAUGUGCGGCCGCCGCCGCCGGACGAGUCCACGGAGGCGAAGCGCCGCCGGCUGUUGUAUCAGUCCGACUACCGCGGCAUGACGGAGAUGGACAUUGUGCUCGGCCUCUUCGCACGGCAGCACGUGCAGCACAUGAGCCGCGAGCAGCUGGAGGAGUACGAUGCGUUUCUGCGGCACUUUGAUAACGAUAUGUUUAAGUGGCUGGUGAUGGGCGAGGCCCCACCAGCGGCAGUGGCGGAAAUGGAAGUCUUUAAAAAGCUGCAGGAAUUUGUGAAGAAGGAGCAGCAGCAAUUGCUGGGACACAUUGUGUGA